GUCGCGAGAGGCUGUGAAGGGACCUCUGUAGAGAAGGCAGGAGCCUGACAGCUUCCGUCCAGGCCAGCAGCGGUGACAGCCAUCCGGAGUCAUGAGCUACAAGGGCGAGCAGAACUACAGCGAGCGGGAAUCCCGUUCUGCUUCCAGAAGUGGAAGUGCUCACGGAUCGAGGAAAUCUUCACGGCACACCCCUGCAAGGUCUCGCUCCAAGGAAGAUACGAGGCGUUCUAGAUCAAAGUCACGGUCCAGAUCUGAAUCUAGGUCUAGAUCCAGAAGAAGUUCUAGAAGGCAUUACACAAGGUCACGAUCACGAUCCCGCUCCCAUAGACGAUCUCGCAGCAGGUCUUACAGCCGAGAUUAUCGCAGGCGCAGCAGGUUUUACAGCCGAGAUUAUCGCAGGCGGCACAGCCACAGCCAUUCUCCCAUGUCCACUCGAAGACGUCAUGUUGGGAAUCGGGCAAAUCCUGACCCCAACUGUUGUCUUGGGGUGUUCGGGUUGAGCCUGUACACCACAGAAAGAGACCUAAGAGAAGUGUUCUCUAAAUAUGGCUGCAUUGCUGAUGUGUCUUUUGUGUAUGACCAGCAGUCUAGACGCUCAAGAGGAUUUGCCUUUGUAUAUUUUGAAAAUGUAGAUGAUGCCAAGGAAGCUAAAGAACGUGCCAAUGGAAUGGAGCUUGAUGGACGUCGAAUUAGGGUCGAUUUCUCUAUAACAAAAAGGUCCCAUACCCCAACACCAGGAAUUUACAUGGGAAGACCUACUUAUGGCAGCUCACGCCGCCGUGAUUAUUAUGACAGAGGAUAUGAUCGGGGUUAUGAUAACCGGGACUAUUACAGCAGGUCGUACAGAGGAGGUGGUGGAGGAGGAGGCGGAUGGAGAGCUGCUCAAAACAGGGAUCAAAUUUACAGAAGGCGGUCACCCUCUCCUUAACUACAGCCGUGGAGGAUACAGGUCACGUUCCAGAUUGCGAUCAUACUCACCUCGUCGCUAUUAAAGCAUGAAGUUGUAGACUUUCUGAAACCUGCCAUAGAGCUGAGAUAUUGUUUGUGGACAAUAUUUUCUGUUGUCUCCGGUUUAAAAAGUGAACAGUGCCUAGUGAAGUUAGGUGACUUUUACAUCUUUUAUGAUGACUACUUUUGGUGGAGUUGAAAUGAUGUUUUCAUUCUGCAUUUGUGUAGUUGAGUGCUUUGUUUAAAGUUAAGUGUUUUCAGAAAAGUGUGUUUUGCAUGUAUAUUUUUACAGUCCAAAUUUUGACUGCUGAGAAGUUUCAAUUGUACAAAAGUUAAUUUAAAAGGUUUUUCUACUGAAUCCAGGGUAUUCUGAAGAUUGAAGCCUGUAUGUAAAAUGCUACCAAAUGGCAAAAAGCAACAAUAAACAAGUUUGAUUUUUUUUUACUUUUCUUUCUAAAUAUCAAUGCUUAACCAUUCUUAAGUUUCCAGUAAAAUAUUUUAAAAUAAAAA